CUGCAACACGUACGAGCCAGCAAUUACAACGCGCGCGCAUAUGGCAUACCUUUACAACUGAUGUCCUAAGAUUGGCGCGAUUUGGUCGUGUUGUGGUUUGAGAUGGCUGAACCUACCCUAGUCGCAGAGUCUGCGACUACAGAACCCGUUCAGUCGAUCGAAACCGACUUAAAGCAAGAAGAUGCUGCAGAGGAAAAGUCCGAUGAAGAUGCUGAAGCGGAAGAAGAUGAGGUGGGGGGAGAUAGUCAAGGUGUCUCGAGCGAACAAUACAAAGCACUCAGAAAUAUCGCCGAAAUCUUGACCAAUUAUAAGAUCAAGGUUAAGGGCGACGAGGAACAUUACCCAUCUGUCCUCUUUAGACGCAUUCCCAACCGACGCAAUCUACCAGACUACCACGAGAUCAUCAAGGAGCCUGCCGCACUCAGUACACUUAAGGGCAAAAUACAGAGGAAGCAGUACACAGGGAUCCCAGAGUUCGUUCGAGAUUUUGCUUUGAUAGUGCACAAUGCACAAGUCUACAAUCUUCCAAAUUCGGGCCCCGUGCGCGACGUCCUUGUACUACAAGAUGUCUUCAAAGAAGAAUUGAACAAGCUGGUUAGCGAAGGACUAGCCAAGGAAGAAGAGACAGUAUUUCCAGACCUGGGAGAGAUUCCGUAUGCGACGCCGGAACCAGAUCCUGUCUCAGAGGAUGACGAAGAUAACGAAGAUGACGGUGAAGAAGACGACGAGGACGAUGAUGAUUCCGACGAUGACCGAAGGAGAAGAAGAGGUCGCCGAGGCACCAGGCCCAGUAUAUCUGGUCGAAAGAGUCGUGGCGAAGAUGACGAUAAAUUGGACGACGGUGAUGUUCGCAAGCGAAGAGGUCGCCCUCCCAAAGUCGACACUCCGAUGGAAGCGAGGAUCAAGGCCGUUUUGAAAGGUAUUCGCAAGCUGAAAGACGAUGCUGGAAACCCCAAGGUACGGAAUUUCGAACGACUGCCCGAUAAAGCAGAGUACCCAGCUUAUUUCAUGGCCAUCACGGAUCCCAUCGCCCUGGACUCGAUCAAGAAGAAAUCCAAGCGUAAGAAGUAUCAGUCAUUGGAACAAUUCAUGAAAGACAUUGACCUGCUCUACAACAACGCGAAGAGAUUCAAUGAGGAAGGAAGCGAGAUCUACAAUGAUGCCGUGGAGUUACAGGCCGAGGCACACAAACUUCUGGAAAUUGAGAAGGCCAAGCCAGACAGCGUCUACCUCCUGGAGGACGGAAGACGACCGUUGCCCUCUGGCAUAUUAUACAAGAAUGAGCUCUGGAAAGUGGGGGAUUGGAUACAUAUUUCAAAUCCCAACGAUAUCACCAAACCCAUCAUUGCACAGAUUUAUCGUACAUGGGAAGAUUCCGAUGGGCAAAAGUGGAUAAAUGCCUGCUGGUAUUAUCGGCCAGAGCAAACAGUCCAUCAAUACGAAAAGCACUUCUUUCCCAACGAAGUGGUCAAGACCGGUCAGUAUCGAGAUCACAAAAUCGAAGAAGUCGUCGACCGGUGCUUUGUCAUGUUUGUGACACGGUAUAGCCGUGGUCGACCUCGAGGAGUCGACCCAAGUAAGGAGGUAUAUGUCUGCGAAGCACGAUAUAACGAAGAGAGGCACCGCUUCAACAAGAUCAAAACAUGGGCCAGUUGCCUCCCCGAUGAAGUGAGAGACAAGGACUAUGAGAUGGACUUAUUUGACCAGCCUCGGAGAAUCAGAAAGCUGCCGAGCCCUUUAAAGCAUCUACUGAAGGACGACAUGAAGGAGACGGAUGAAAUUCCUUCACCGCAAUGGGGCCACCCUAAUGCACCACCGAUUGUGGGAGCCAUUCACAAGCAUCCUCGUGAUGAAAAUCAAUCGCCACCACCAGAACCAACGCCUCCGCCACCACCCACGCCUCCACAGCCCAUCCGACAGCCUUCUCUAAAUAACAUGUCGGCGCAAUCCGUCUCUCGACUAAGCAUGGAUCGAACUCCCAGCAUCAUUGCAAGCUCGACAAACAUGCAGCCUCAAGCAUCCCGGCCAUCUCUGCCUCCUCAGAUGACUCCCUACCAGCCACAAUCCAUAUCACCCGCGCCUCCGACUUAUUCCAGGCAACCUUCGUAUCCGCAAUCUCAAACUCCCCUUCAAGCCGCUCCGACACCAAAGACACCAGCCACCCAACCACUCCCCUAUGCGGCGCGCCAACAGCUGCAUCCUCAGCCUAACUUGACGGCGUCACAUCCUACGAAUUAUAGUGUUCCCGCUGCGCCACAGCCCUAUCAGCGACCACCAACACAAGCAACACCUUACAAUCAAUACGCUCCACAGAUGGCGGAACCACGUGGCUCCGAGGUCUAUGUUCUAUCCAACAUUGCGAACGAGUCCAUUCCCAAACACAUCCGUGACAAUUUCCCCCAGGACAACGAAGGACGAGUGUUGUUUUUCACCAAACCUCCAACUCUAUCAGACACCAUGGUGCGUGGACGAGACGGCCAGCCUCUUGCACAUACGGAAAAGUACCUUGCUGCCAAGGCCGAGAGAGACAAGGUCAUCACUGCCAGGAAGCGUGAACAGGAGGAAAUGCUAGGAUCGACCAAGAGGACGCGGAUAGAAACAGCUGUCUAAUUGUUUUUCUCUGCACAUCAAGGGUAUUUCAGCUUCGGCUUUCGGAAAUUGUCAUCACUUCGGGAGGCAUUAUGUAUGAGUAUGGCAACCUUUGGUUUUCUGGCGUCAAGUUUAUGUGCCAGUCAUUCUUUGAGCUCGGAAGGAGCGCUGGUGUCGAUUGAGGGUUUUUCCUACGGGAUGGCUUCGUCACUUUUUGCGAAAGCACCUACUCCUGAAACCUUGAGUAGUUAGAUACCUGAGAAUAC